GUGUAUCGCUGCUAUAUAUCAAACCUUCAAACUGGGUCAAACCUGAGUUACCUUCAGAAAAUAAAGAGAUUAUUAUUAUAUAUUAUUAUUAUUAUUAUUAUUAUUAUUAUUAUAAAGCGAUACCCCUGUUACGUCAUACUUGACGUUCACGUGCAUAAUGGUAAACAGACGGGGCGUUUGUGUAUUAACGUGCGUUGUUGUUUCUGGAUUAUUUGCCUUUAUUGACGCACAAAUUGGAUUAAAUGGUUGCAUUGACGGCUGGACCCUGUGGAACAAGCAUUGCUAUGGUUUCAUAUCGGACAGGCGUCUCAUAUUGGAGGAGGCGGACUCGUAUUGCUGGACCCACGGGUCGCGGCUGUUGACCGUGAACAACCUUGCAGAGCAUGAGAUGGUCGCCUCCUGGCUCAAAGACAACGACGUCGUCUUACAAUCUACCUGGUUUAUCGGUGGUUACUAUACCAUCGACACCGUAAAUUGGGAUACCGGUGACGUCAUAACUGAUGCAAUCACGCCUGAUCUCUGGAACAUUGCUCCGAACUUGAUUUCAGACCUGUACAGCAGAAUUGCGUACGCGUACGGGAAUAAGCAUACGGCAUACGGAUGGACGCUGGUUUCCGGAAGUCGACACGCGAAUUUCAUUUGCGAGAUGUCGCAAAUUGAUGUCCAGUUUACUGACGUCAUGAACAGAGAUUACGAUUACGGUCACGGCGGGCUGAAUAGACAGGAGAUACCCAGGGGUCCCUUCAUGACGCUGGAGCCUCGUAACGUUGCGGUGAUCGGAGAGGGCACGGAGACCUCCAUCGCACUAGAGUGUUCCGCUAGCGGCAACCCGCCACCCGGAUAUACCUGGUACCGAGGAAACACUACCAUCACAACUGAGCAGAGCAAAAGGUACACGGUGAGCGGCGGGCGGUUGAUCAUUCAGGGCCCCCGUGACAGCGAAGACGCCGGUAUGUACCAUUGCAAGGCCGCCAACUCGCUGGGCACCGUCCUGAGCAGGACCGCAGUCGUGCAGUUUGGAUAUCUGCACGCGUUCUCGCCAGUGAAAUCAGACGACCAGGUGGGCACGGUGUUCGAGGGAGUCCGCAUUAGUUGCUUCACACCAGCGUACAAUCCAGAGGUGCGGUACGGCUGGUUUCAGGACCACAACACACACAACUACAUCUUCCCGAAUCACCCUGUCCACUUCAUCUCGCAAUCCGGCUAUCUGUACUUCUCCGAGGUGCAGCCCACCGACGACCGCACCUACUACUGCGUCGUGACGCUCGUUGCCCCUCACGACUACGACGCCGAUACGACUAUGUCGCCCAGCAGAGUCGGUCUGGGGACCAAACUUAUACUCAGACCCGGAAAGACGUCAAACAACUACGGCCCCAUCAUUUAUACGCACACGUUCCCGACCCCGGCGUUGAGGGGAAGCCUGGUGCGCCUCGAAUGCGUCGCUUAUGGAUCCCUUCCGUUGAUGUACAGCUGGAGUCGCGCUGAUGGUCAGCCGUUCGUCAAGGGGACGCAACUCAGUGACAUUAACCGCGUGCUCACGAUAGCCAACGCGCCGCUCGAGGCGGAUGGAGACUACAUCUGUAAAGUAGUCCGUCAGGGCAAAGUCAGUAAGACGGUCACCAUCUCGCUGUUUCUUGAGACAAAGCCCUACUUUUCGGACCCGAUCAACAACAUGUUUGUGGACGCCGGGCAGACGGUGGUCUGGCGCUGUAAGGCGGUCGCCCGACCUCGAGCGAGUUUUUCAUGGUACAAGGAUGGCGUGCUACUGACACAUGUGCCCGGUAAGCUGGAGGUGAGCGGGAACAAGCUGACUAUCAGCAAUGUGGCGGCAGGUGACAGCGGCAUGUAUCAGUGCGCCGCCACCAACAGACACGGCACGUCCUUCAGCUCCGGCGAACUUCAGAUUCUAGACGGCGUGGUGAUAGAGCGCGGUCCCGAGCCGACGGAAGUAGCCGUCAACGAGACGCAGUUCCUCUCGUGCUUCGUCGAUGUCGCAAGGAGCGAUAUUGACGUCAAGUACCGGUGGAAGUUCAAUGGACAUUACAUCGACUUUAAACGGCACCAUCAUUUUAUAUCGGGUAUGAAGGAAGGCGCCUCCGGCCUCUACAUCCGGGAGGCUCAGUACGCUCAUGAAGGCGAGUACACGUGCGAGGCACAGACGCCCCUCCAAGUGGACACUCGCACAGCCAAGGUCACCGUAAGAGGUCCGCCGGGCGCUCCAGCAGGUGUGUACGUUGACGGCGAAACGGUGACGUCAUUCAGUGCGCGCGUCAUCUGGACUAUGACAUCAUCAAUGGAACACGGUGCUCCCAUCCUGUCUUAUGAUAUCGAGGCAGAAACUUUUUACGAUCCUGGAAACUGGACAAUAGUUGCAAGAGACGUUUCGGAGAGCACUGCAGUCGCGACGGCUAAAAACAACGGAAAUCGCAGCGAUCAGCGCUCUACCAACCUCACGGGAUUGGUUCCGAACACGAACUACCGGUUCAAGGUGCGCGCCGUGAACGCCUUUGGUCGUGGAUCAGAGAGUUGCAGACCUUCCGCGUACAUCCACACGCCUUCAGCGCCCCCGUACCGCGCCCCGCACAGCGUGGGAGGAGGGGACGGCAAAGUGGGGACACUCAACAUGUCUUGGACGCCAAUCCCCGAGUCGGAACAUUGUGGCCCAGGGCUGGGUUACACACUGUACUGGAAACGUCAGAGCACGCGAGAACGAUACGACUGGCACAAGGUCGUGCUACUCGGUCACGUGGGCAUGUACUCGGCGCAGGUCGGGGUGGAGAACUACUACCUCGGGUAUGACGUCAUGGUGGGCGUCUUCGACGACCUUGGCGCCGGACCUAACUCCAGCGUCGUCACCGUCUUCUCCGCUAUGGGCAUGCCGGAUAACGUACCUAAGAUUACAAGCGUCAGCGGAGUGAACCUGUCGAGCGUUCUGGUCACGUGGGACCCUAUUCCGGACGACAGGGAGCACAUCAAGGGCAGCAUUGGCGGCUACACGAUUCAGUACUACUGGAACAACCUAGGGUGCAGCCCGUUAAAAGGAUGUGCGGUCACCAACCUGCGCAAUCGGAACAUCUAUGGCCAGGCGAGCGAUGUGCUACUGAUUGACUUGGAAAUAAACUCCGAGUUCUUCUUCCGCUUGCAAGUGUUCAAUUCCGCCGGAAGGGGUCCAAAGGGGGAAUGGCGUCGAGGGGAAACAGCCAACAACGCGCCCAUUAACUACCCCCGGUUUGUCACGGUGACGUCACAUGGUCCCAAUAGCGUCCUGGUCACGUGGCAGGGGAUCAUGACGACAAAGAAUGAGGAAAUUAUUACGGGAUACAAGGUAAAAUGGUGGCUUGUGCAGUCGGAUAUCCGGCACGCCAACGAGACGACGACGGAACUGCUGGAUACCUCGGCGGUGCUAAAUCGCCUCCAGCAGGAGAGCGUCUACCAGCUCAGGGUGCUGGGAGUCAGCGCCGGCGGAGACGGGGCCAUGAGCGACUCGGUGUUCUUCACUUUAAAAGGUGGCAUGAUCCAGAUCGACCCGGCCACAACCGAGAUCUGCUACGAAGGCGUGUCCUGUGGAGCAGUACCACUCUGCCUAGGGGCGGACAUACGGACACUGAUGCUGAUAACAAUCCUCGUGAUGCGGCGACUGGUCACGCCCUAAAGAAUGGCACAAACAAUGCUGCUCAUAGAUUUAACUUGUGCAUUGAGAAAUGUGAACAAGGCAGUUACACAGUAUAUUUGCAGUUGACAAUUCCUACCUAGAUAGAAAACUUAGACAUGCAUUCAAUUAACUAGUCUGAUAUGAACUUGACCACGAUUUCUGACGUAGCUGGUUUAUCGUCGGUUUUUUAUUGUUUAUUGCAUUAUAAUUAUACCCUAUGCAUGUAUUUAAAUGCAUCUAUGUCUUAAAUUGUCCAUACUAGUCUGACUUGUUAUUCUAAACGAUCUUCAUAUUUCUGACAUGUUGGAAGCCUGAAAAAUCUUCGUCUUUAUUUUUAAUUUUUAUAAUUUAGUAGCAAAGUAAUUUAAAAAUGCACAUAAUAAUCGUUUUAUGUUCAUCUUAUUAUUAUCAGUUUACUUGCCUGGUGUUAGAGGAAACCUCCUGACUUUGACAAUGCUAGUAUAUACUAGACGUCUUCUUUUUGAUAUUUUUAUUUUGGAUUUCCAAGGACAGUCGUUGUCGAAAAUUCUAUUGCCGAUUAUAACGUUGUCGAUUAUCACGUUGAAAAAGCGAUAUUGUGAGUUUGAAUAAAACAAAUAACGGUUACGAGAAAUUGCCGUUAAAAACUGGGCUUUAUACACUUUGUGAUGUUGGAAUAUGUUCUUUAUAAUUUGCCAUGACACGUUAAUUAUUCCAAUAAUAAGUAUUGUUUUAAACAUUCUUUUACAAAACACCAAACCGUAGUAUAGUGAUGUCAUAUUGAUUGAAAGUCCUGUGUUAAUGUCAUUUACUUAUGAAACGAUACUUUAUUUAUAAUAAUAAACAAUGAAGACGAUGUACUUAUGUAUAAGUCUUAAUAAACUGUCUGUUAUGUUC